AUGCACCUCGCACUGCUCGCGGGUUUGCUUGUCGCCGCCACGGCGCGCGCUGCCCCCGUCGCGACCGCCGUCGCCGGCACCACCUGCGGGACCGUCGUGUACAGCGGCUCUGCCGUCCAGGCCGCCGCGGACGCGGCCUGCGACUACGUGCUCGACGGAGGCGAGGCCGGCUCAUCGUCCUAUCCUCACCGCUACAACGACUACGAGGGCUUCUACUUUGGCGGCGUGCCGGGCCCGUACCAAGAGUUCCCUAUCCUCGCGUCAGGUGCCAUCUACAGCGGCGGUCGUCCCGGCCCGGACCGCGUCAUCAUCACCGAUGACUGCGAGAUUUCCGGUGUCAUUACCCACACCGGUGCUAGCGGAAACAGUUUUGUCGGCUGCUCUGGCACCUCUUAG